AUGGCAGUUCCGGAUACCAUCGUCCCCCCCGGCCUCCCCGACACCUCCUUUUUAUCUUCUCCCCAUUUUCCAGGAAAACAUAGUAAGGUGACGCCGCUCAUCAGCAACGGCGAAGGGACAGAACAGGAGGAAAAGGUUCAGUUUGACCCAGAAAAGCAUAUUCAGUUUACACCUCCUUCAAAGGUGCACUCUAUGAAGGAAUUGGGGUAUGAUGACAAUGCUGGAAUAUCUCCAAUUGGGGUCUCUGAACCGUUCCCGUUGUUCUCGGCCGAAGCCAUUCGCUGUAUGAGGGCGGAAGUGCUGAGCAAGGAGGUAUGGAGUGAGUAUCAGUUUUCGAGCGAUCUCGCCAUGUGCCAACUGCGAGGAUUCGCCCCGAAAUACGCACCAUUUGUGUAUGAUGCAUGGAAAAGCCCCGAGGUGCUGGAGAUCGUGUCAAAUAUUGCAGGCAUAGAUCUUGUUACAGCCAUGGAUUGGGAGAUUGGACACAUAAAUAUCUCCGUCCAAACAGAGGAGGAGAAAAAUAAUGCCCUUGCUGAGGCAGUGAAGGGAGAAGCCGGCACUUAUGACGAUGACAUUGCGCCUAUUGUUGACUGGCACACGGAUAGUUAUCCGUUUGUUUGCGUGACAAUGUUGAGUGACUGUACUGAGAUGAUAGGCGGCGAAACGGCGCUCCGCAGAGGUGAUGGAAAUGUUGUCAAAGUGAGAGGGCCGCAAAUGGGAUGUGCUGUUGUGCUCCAGGGUAGAUAUAUUGAGCACCGAGCCCUGCGUGCUCUGGGUACGACUGAGCGCAUCACCAUGGUUACCUCAUUCCGCCCGCGCUCCCCAAGCUUGCCAGACGAUACUGUAUUGACAACCGUCCGGCCGAUCUCCGAUCUCUCUGAACUGUACUUUCAGUUUAGCGAAUAUAGGCUCGAAAUGCUCGAGGAAAGAAUUAGGCAACAGCUCAAGGCGGCUCGAGAUGCACGAUAUGCUGGUCGGGCAUUCAACACACAGAAACUCAAGGAAUUCCUUGCUGUCCAGGUAGAGUUCCUGGCCCAUAUGAACAAGGAAAUUGUCGACAAUGAUAAGGUACAAAAGGGUAUCACCGACGACAGUCAUCUGCGAUCAGAGGAUCUGAAGGAGCGCUCUAGAAGACGGGCACGAGCUACGGCUCUAUAA